GCGCGCAACUGAGCGCGCGCUCACAUUCCUCUCCUCCGCUCUUCUCUAUCUCUCGGUCUCUCUGUCUCUGUUUUUCCUCCAGUUUUCUUCUCUUCUUUUCCUUUACCGUCCACUUUUAGUGGCGCUCGCGGGACAGACGGAUGCCUCGCGCGGGGAGACGCACUUUCUUCCUCUUCCUCCUCCUGCUCUUCCUCAUCACUCUCAUGGCGCGAGAGUGUUUCUCGUCUAAAGGCGAGGACAGGCUGUUCCGGCGCCUGUUCAGGAGGUAUAAUCAGUUCAUCCGGCCGGUGGAGAACGUGUCCGAUCCGGUGACGGUGGAGUUCGAGGUUUCUAUCUCUCAGCUCGUCAAAGUGGAUGAAGUCAAUCAGAUCAUGGAGACCAACCUCUGGUUGAGACAUAUAUGGAACGACUACAAGCUGAAAUGGAUACCAGCAGAAUUUGAUGGUAUCGAGUACAUCAGGGUUCCGUCCAAUAAGAUCUGGAGGCCAGACAUUGUGCUCUACAACAAUGCUGUAGGUGACUUCUUGGUGGAAGACAAAACCAAAGCUUUGCUUAAGUUUGACGGCACCAUCACGUGGGUCCCUCCAGCCAUCUUCAAAUCCUCCUGCCCAAUGGAUAUCACCUACUUCCCAUUCGACUACCAAAACUGUUCCAUGAAGUUUGGGUCAUGGACCUACGACAAGGCCAAGAUCGAUCUGGUCCUGAUUGGCUCUAAGGUCAACCUCAAAGACUUUUGGGAGAGCGGAGAGUGGGAGAUCAUUGACGCACCUGGAUACAAGCAUGACAUCAAGUACAACUGCUGCGAGGAGAUAUACCCAGACAUCACCUAUAGCUUCUACAUCCGUCGCCUUCCCCUGUUCUACACCAUCAAUCUCAUUAUCCCGUGCCUCCUCAUUUCCUUCUUAACAGUCCUGGUUUUCUACCUUCCAUCAGACUGUGGGGAGAAGGUUACACUCUGCAUCUCAGUCCUUCUGUCCCUUACCGUGUUCCUGCUGGUCAUCACGGAGACCAUUCCGUCUACCUCCUUGGUAAUCCCUCUGAUUGGCGAGUACCUGCUCUUCACCAUGAUAUUCGUUACACUCUCAAUCGUCAUCACUGUCUUCGUACUCAACGUUCACUACCGAACGCCCACUACCCACACCAUGCCCGGGUGGGUCCGCACCGUCUUCCUCCGGGCCUUGCCUCGCAUCAUGCUGAUGCGGCGCCCAAUCGAUCAAUCAGAAUCUUCAACUAAGGGCGGCGGACACGAAAGUGGGGGCUCGUCCGGGAUCGGCAGCAGUGGAGGAGGUGGUAGAGGAGGGGAAGGGAAGAAGAGGAAGAACAGCAGCUCUCAGCAGGGGGCUAUGAACUGUUUGGAGUUUGGAGAGGGCAAGGGUUCGGGCGAGGGGAAGAAAGGAGGUUGCCCAUGUCAUCCAGCGAAAGAGGGGCCCGAAGUGGAUUGUGGAAAAGUGAGUCGCCAGUUGAGCCCACAAGCCAUAAACACGGUUGUGGCUUUUUCAGUGGUGUCUCCAGAGAUCAAGCAGGCCAUUGAAAGUGUCAAGUACAUCGCGGAGAACAUGAGGAGCCGCAACAAGGCUAAAGAGGUGGAAGAUGACUGGAAGUACGUUGCCAUGGUGAUUGACCGGAUCUUCCUCUGGGUCUUCGUGCUGGUCUGCGUGCUUGGAACGGUGGGCCUCUUCUUCCAGCCUCUUAUUGGUUUCCUCUCAUAACUGCCGGCCAAUCACGUGCACUGGAUUGGCUUUCCCAGCCAAUCAGAGACACAGGACAGUCUGUCUCAGCCGAUUACCCAAAUCACUGACACGCCAAUUACAACCACUUCUGCUUUACGGCAACAAAAACAAAAAGACACUGCAAUCGACUGGACUGCUUGGUAAAGCUAAACAACGAAUCAAGUGUUGAUGAGGUGUUCAAUGUUCGGGUGCAAUAAACAGCCAAUCAGUAGUUCUAGAUCUUCUCCGCCACAUUGCAGUACAGAUUGCCACAAGCUGCGUUCCAAAGUCUAGGCUGUAGUCGAGGUCGAGCAGGUCUUCUAUAGGACUGUCCUUCAAAGGUUUUGCUCUUGAGGCUUCAUUUUCUGCAAUUUUCGCCCAAUUGUUGAGGAGCUCUUCUUCUUUUUUUUCCUUCACAUUGAGCAUUUACAGAGAACCACGUGUAACCGAAGGCCAAGAUGCAUCAGUUGCGUCCUUCAAUUCCCUCAAAACGUCAGCUGCAUUUCUGUAACAGCCGUAUACAAAGAGUCUUUCACUUUAAAACAGCCUUCUAUGAUGUAGCGGCCAAGAAUGGCAGCCCACCUCCACUGCAGCCUACGUUUUGGAAAGCAGCUACAGUGUCAGCGGGGUUGAUGUUUGCUAUUUUGGUGCAUGCAAACAGCUAAUCAGGUGUUCGCUAAUCUCCCUUUAUCCUCAAAUGGCUAACGGCACGUUUUAACGGCCUUCGUAAACCCGCAAGACAGUCAGAAAUUAGCUGUUUACAGAUAUACAACUUUAUCCGUUUGUAUCAAUUACUUUUACCAAUGAAGUAUGGCACUUUCUAUGGAAAUUUCUUUCUUUCUCCUUUCAUACAAUCAUGUCUGUUCCCCACAACUGGAAAGUCAAAAGGGAAACUACUUGAUAUGCAGGAACAAAGCAACUAGUAAACUAAAAAGCAGAAACUGAGAAAAACGAAAAGCGACAUGACGAGACGUGGAGAACGUAGAGGGCAGAGCAUAUGGAGCACAAAUAGAACGAAGCCAGAAGGUUGUAGAACAGAAAAACAUGAGAGAUCUGAAGGAUCUGUAGCAGAAGAAGUCUGCAUACAAGGUUUUUUAAAAUGAUGUCAAAUAGAACAAAGUCAAAAAAGGUCUUAGAACCGAUAGGGAGAGGCCAGAUGAUGACAGAAGGUUCGAGAACGUACAAAAAUCUAGGUCAAGCCAGAAAAAGACAGAAAUGUUUGGGUCAUAAGUUUCUGAAACAGAAAGAGGUUCAAUUUUUCAA